UAACACUACAGUGCACGUUUUGACAUAACCCGUUUGAGCGGCGGUCGUCAGAUUAUGGCCUGUUUGGUGCCUGCCGGUGUGAUUUCCACCACAACCCUUCCGCAUUUUCCUGCUGCUCUCGGGCUGUGACGUGUAGUGCUGACGGCGGCCUCGGAGCUGGAGGAGCGGGGGGCUGUAGCAUGACAAGAUCUGGCUCCAGACGUCCUGCUUUGCUUUCAGCAGAGCUCCAGAAACAACCCCUAACCCCUCCUCCUCUGCUCCUCUCCGGCCCGCCCAAAUAACACAAAAUUCCCGACUGAAUCCUGCCCGAGUCUGGGGGAACCAGGCGGCCUGGGAAGCCGAGGAGCGGACGGAGGCCAUCCCUGCAGCAUAAAUCUGCUCUCCAGUAACAAAUGCUGUGCGAGGACAAUGGAUGAGGAUGUCACCAGGCUUGCAAUACAUUCUGAAGAGCCUAAAAUAAUAUUACACGGAUCGGAUGAGGGUGGUGCCGGCGGGCAGGAGUUUGUUGUGGAGCUUCAAGAGACUGUGUUGGUGUCAGAAGGUGAGGGGGAAGGCAUGGCGGUUCACAGGUUUGCCCCAGAUGAGCUAGUCAUCCAGGAUGCUGUUGAGGAUGUGGUUUCUGAGUAUGUGCACUGCGAUGAAGAUGAAGAUGUCGCUGUAGAAACCUGUGUGAUGGCUCUGGAGGGCGAGGAGGAAGGUGUUGCCAUGGGAGACAUCCCUGAAGAUGGGCUGGACCCAGAGCAGCAGGAGGAUGACCAAGAUGGCUGUGGAGAUUAUCUAAUGAUAUCCUUGGACGAAGCUGGUAAAAUGGUGUCUGAGGAUGGAACAGAAGUAACUGUGGAAGGAGCUGUGGAGGACCAGGAAGUGGAGAAGGAUGAGGAUGGGCAGGAGGUGAUAAAGGUGUACAUCUUCAAGGCUGAUUCUGGGGAGGAUGACAUGGGAGAAUCGGUUGACAUCAGUGAUGGAGACACAGAGAGUGUGGCGUUAACUGAGUCUUCAGGCCAGGCACUCAGAGAGAAGAUGGUUUACAUGUCUGUCGGGGAUUCUCAUCACAAUCAAGGAAACCACGGUGGGUCCAAGGUGACUGAUGAGGUUUAUAUGGAGGUGGUGGUAGGAGGUGAAGAGCCAGUAACUCACGACCGCUCGUAUGACAGCGUGUCUCUAAGCAAGGACUUCAUGCCUGUGGCCUGGGCAGCUGCUUAUGGUGCGGAGGACAGUGAGAGCUGUGAAAACCGAAACGGCGCAGCCAGCGCGCUGCUGCACAUCGAUGAAUCUGACGGGGUUGAUGAAAUCAAUAGACAGCGCAACAAGAGCAAGAGAAGGUCGGAGCCUCGCCAGGUACAGACAGCCAUCAUCAUCGGUCCGUAUGGCCAGCCUCUGACAGUUUACCCCUGCAUGCUUUGUGGUAAAAAGUUCAAGUCACGAGGUUUCCUGAAACGUCACACCAAGAAUCAUCACCAGGAUGUUCUGACAAGGAAAAAGUACCAAUGUACAGACUGUGAGUUCACCACCAACAAGAAAGCCAGCCUCCACAACCACAUGGAGGUGCACGCUCUGAGCAGCAAGGCCCCUUUUGAGUGUGAGAUGUGUGGUAAGGAGUUCCACCAGCAGGCGGCGCUGUUCUCUCACAGACUGCAGCACCACCACAGAGAGCCCAAGAACCAGCCGCCUCCACCACCCACCAAGAUGCAUAAAUGCAAGUUCUGUGACUAUGAGACUGCUGAGCAAGGACUGCUCAAUCGGCACUUGUUGGCUGUUCACAGCAAAAGCUUCCCCCACAUCUGUGUGGAAUGUGGAAAAGGUUUUCGACACCCGUCAGAGUUGAAGAAACACAUGCGCACACACACGGGCGAGAAGCCUUACUCCUGCCUGUACUGCGACUACAAGUCGGCCGAUUCCUCUAAUCUCAAGACACACAUCAAGACUAAGCAUAGCAAAGAGAUGCCAUACAAAUGCGAGCGCUGUUUCCAGACCUUUGCAGAGGAAGAGGAGUUAAUGCAGCACGGACUAACACACGAGGAGAAUAAGACCCACCAUUGUGCCCACUGUGAUCACAAAAGUUCCAACUCCAGUGACCUGAAACGCCAUAUCAUAUCUGUUCACACCAAGGACUACCCACACAAAUGUGCCAUCUGUUGUAAAGGCUUCCACCGGCCAUCUGAACUAAAGAAGCACUCGGUAUCCCACCGCACCAAGAAACUCCAUCAGUGCCGGCACUGCAAUUUUAAAAUUGCAGACCCUUUUGUUCUCAGUCGUCAUAUCUUGUCUGUCCACACAAAGGACCAACAGGCCUCUCCUGAAAAGAGUGAGGCCAAGAGGACAGAGACGCACACUCCUGUUGCGACGCCUAAAAAGUCUGCACCUAGCGGGUCCAGCAGCUCUGGCCCGCCCGGCAGAGUCAGUGCUGCCAGCUUAGCCAGCAGUGUGACUGUAGUUAUUGGCAAAGGACAAAAAGAAAGGAGAAUUUACCAGUGCCAGUACUGUGACUACAGCACCGGAGACGCUUCGGGUUUCAAGCGACAUGUGAUUUCCAUUCACACAAAAGACUAUCCGCACCGCUGCGAGAUCUGUUCGAAAGGCUUCCGACGACCCUCUGAGAAGAACCAGCAUAUCAUGCGCCACCACAAGGACGUGGUGCAGGCAGAGUGACUCUGACCGAGCCAAAUACUGUGCCACAACAAAAGAACAAUGUUGAAGCAACCAUCACACCCAAAUCACUGCACCCUCAGCACGACACCCUUCAUGUUGAAAUAAUGUGGUGUGUGCGUGCUGCACUUAGUCCAUUCUGUUGUUUUGCUCUUUUUUGAUCCUCAGCCUAAUGUUAGUUCAGAAAUGUAUACACAUGUACAUAACGUUAAUGCUCUGUCAGAGUUAGCAACAGAACCCCUCCGUAGACUUGCACUUUUAACUGCAUGUCCCUUGCUGGUGACAGUGUGCAUGGCAGAUUGUGCAGAUGUCUCUUUGUAGAUAUACAUUUUUAAUUUUGCAGGCAGCAAUCAGUUGUCAAUCACAAUGGUCCUAAUUAUUUGUCUCAAAACUGAAGUGUAAUUUGCAAAACGUUUGCGUCAUUUUGUUGAAAUGUACUAAACACAGCAGUAUGGAUUAGCAACCUGUUCCCAGUAGCACUUGCCAUCCUGGUAAAGAUCAUGAUGAACGCAGUAAUGCAAGUCAUUUGUGGUUUGUGUGUGUGUGUUAGAGAGAGAGAGAGAGAGAGAGAGAGAUUGUGUGUAUCAAUUUGUCUGUGUGAGAGAGAGAGAGUGUGUGUGUGUGUGUGUGUGUGUGAGAGAGAGAGAGAGAGAGGGGAAGAGUGAAAGUCAAACAAAAGCAUCUGUUGUGCUUCCUGGUGCUCAGACCCACCACUCUGUAACAUAGUGCUUUUUGUUGUGUUAACAGAAACAAGGCUGGCUGUGUACAGCACCCAGAGAAGAGAGACAAUAGCCGUGUUUCCACCGAACACUUUUGGUAUAUUACCCUUGAAAGCCGAACCUAACCCAUGCCUACAUGUACCUCAACCCAAGAUCUGUUUUGUGUUUCCACUGCAGACAGUACUCUAUAUGUUAGGCCAGGUUGUUACUGGGGCUUCAGGGCCCUUCACUGUCCAGCAGUUGGGGAAACAACAAGACUUUUCUUCGUCUUAAGGAGCAGCAGCUUGUAUUAAUUGACAUGUUGUAAACGAUACUGCAACUUACUGCUACCCUUUUCCUCUGCUCCGCUAGCAUUAACGCCACUUUCUUGCCGCUUUCUUUCUCAUUUGAUCAACUACACACUCAUUACUUACACACAUUAUGCACUGAGCUGCGCUUCUCUUAUAACAAGAACUCAGUGGAGGACAGUGAAUGUUUCGUGUUCUUUCUUCUCGGUAUGUGGUUGUUUACUGCAACGUGGUGAUGAGCUUUGAAAAAAAAGAUAAGACUGCUGGAAAAAACAGUGCAGAUGCCGAGAUCUUACCAAUCCGUGGUCUGCAGUUUUAACUGCACAUUUUAGAAUUGGAUCAGCUCGUUUGGAACCUCAAUGGAGGGGUAAUGAAAAAUGGGAAUGAAUGAAGGGUUUCUAUUGGUCACAUCUGCAUCUUUUGCCAAUGGAAUGGCAAAAAUAAUCGUAACGAGCUGAACUGGACUGCUUGGUGGAAACACGGCUAAACAUUCUAAGCUUUGUACACAGGGGGUCUACGAUCAUAGAGUUAACACAGAAUACACAGUGAAAUAGUGGAUUUGUCAUGGUAGUGAAUAAAAGUUCACAUAUGCACCUAUAUCACCAUGCGAUCAUUACCCUCUCACACACCUGUCUGAUAGUUCAGUUUCCAAUCAGUAAGUGUACUGUAAGUUGUUCAGAACCAGUGCUCGAAGCAGUAGAGAUGAAGCCCUGACUGACAGUAUUUUGAAUCCAUUAAUGCUACCUGGGUCGUGGAAUCCCAUCCCAUCAGUUUGAAAAGGCUGAUUUUUGUGAAGAGGAAAAUGUAAGUUUUCGGCGAGCUGGUUUGUUUUUCUAUGAACAAACUUGUUUUUCAAACGAAUUGACCUGAUAUCUGUUUAAUCAUAGAAAACGCAUAAUUUACAAGUCUCAGUGUGAUACCGAUAUUAGGCUGGGUUAAAGGUGCAAUAUGUAAGGAUUUUAGUUUAAAAUGUUACAAAAUUAGCCCAAAUUAUCAACACAAUGUGAAAAAUAAUGUUUUAAUCCGCCAAGUCACGUGAAAAUGUUCUGGCUUUACACGCUGCCAUUGCCCGACCAGUCUCUUGCUCCUCUCCUGUUUCACACCUCCCCUGCCUUGUCUUCCAUGUUCCCGGAGUCAGAGUCCUUGUCGGGGCCGCUGUAAAUCACCUUCCCUGUUGUCAAACUGGCCCCCUCCUGCCUCAGAUCCUGGGCCCAAACCAACAAACCACCGCUGCUUUGAGUCUGAGCAGACUUGAGACCUGACAGGGUCAUUAGCUGCACAGCUAAGCUAGCUAGUUAAUGGCAGCUAGUAGCUACAGCCAAAGAUAGCUGUAGCAAAGCAAAGGGAGAAGCAGUUAGUGGUGAUAUGCGUGCCCCUAUUUGUUUGGUGUGACCUUUGAGACGUGGCCAAUUCUUACAUAUUGCACCUUUUUAAGAAAGAAAUCACAUCAGCAUCCUAAUAUAACUGUCUGUUCUAAAGAGGAAUCGUACAGUGUAUCUGGUGUUGCUGUUAUGACUCUAUGGACUGAACUCUUUUUUUGCCCCCACACAGAUGUACUUUUACCAGUAGAAAGGGAAAAUGUAUAUCUUUUUAGAUGCAACUUCAGAAGGCAGGUGCUGGUGGUGUACUUGUACUAUGGCUUUUUACAUUUUUGUUAUCACCUGUGAUUAUUUCUGUUUUUAUAUUUAUUUCAUUUACAAGUUGUUGUAUAGUUAAGUGUAACUAGACUUCUAUGGGACGUAAAUUAUUGUUUUGUAUACAAAUCUGUACAAAGCGUGUAGAUGUAAACACUUGAUAAAAAGAAAAUCUGAACUGUGUUGUUAUGGAUGUACUUCAGCGUAUUUGUUAAAAAAGGUAAUAAAAGCAAAGUAUUU